GGAGCUACACAACACCAUUUAAUAUUUUGACACUUUUCGCCUUCAACCUCAUCAUCCAGUUUUCUCGAGAUACCCUUCUUUUACUUACCCAUAGAUCAAUCAAAUAGCAAUGGAUAGACUGAAUCAGCUGUUGGCCAGUGGCGGACCCAUGGCUGGGGGAAGUCCAGGUGGAGGUGAUAACCCAGGCUUGAUCGAUAACUCCGAAACUGUAUAUAUCUCUUCGUUGGCACUACUCAAGAUGUUGCGACAUGGCAGAGCUGGUGUACCCAUGGAAGUCAUGGGUUUAAUGUUGGGAGAGUUCGUGGAUGACUUCACAGUUCGAGUUGUGGAUGUAUUUGCUAUGCCGCAAAGUGGUACAGGUGUCAGUGUCGAGGCAGUAGACCCAGUAUUCCAAACAAAAAUGAUGGAUAUGUUGAGACAGACAGGACGGCCAGAAACCGUUGUUGGCUGGUACCAUUCGCAUCCCGGUUUUGGCUGCUGGCUAUCAUCCGUCGAUAUCAACACUCAACAAUCAUUCGAGCAAUUGACACCUCGAGCUGUUGCAGUUGUUGUUGAUCCUAUUCAAUCCGUGAAGGGAAAGGUCGUUAUUGAUGCUUUCCGUCUCAUCAACCCACAAUCACUUAUGCUCGGCCAAGAACCUCGACAGAGUACAUCUAAUUUGGGACAUCUCAACAAACCUUCCAUCCAAGCGCUUAUUCACGGUCUCAAUAGGCAUUACUACAGCAUAGGAAUCGACUAUCGCAAGAAUGCCUUAGAAGAGAGCAUGUUACUGAAUUUGCACAAGCAUGUAUGGACCGAAGGUCUGCAGAUGGACGAUUUCAGAGUCGAGGGAACUCGUAAUACCGAGCGAUUACAAAAGCUAGUUGGACUUGCUGAAGGCUAUGAGAAGCGUGUCAAGGAAGAGACCGAGAUGACAAAAGAUCAAUUGAAGACUAGAUAUGUUGGAAAGGUUGAUCCAAAGAAACACUUGGAGGAUGUUGGCCAAAAGCUUAUCGAAGAUAACAUUGUUUCGGUCUCGAGACAGAUGAUUGAUAAAGAGGCCUCUGCGCCAAAGGAAAAGAACGGAGCAAACGGCCACGCACCACAGGACAUGGAUGUUGACGAAGAAUUGUAACGAUUUCCCUAUGAUACUGUAUAAUAGGCGUUUGGCUGCUAGUUAGAGCUUAGCAUAAAAAUCUCUACAAUGACAUAGUUGGUCUGGAGGUGGAGUUAAUGCAAGCUUGGUCCUGGUCCUCUA